AUGGCCGAAGGGCCUAAGAAGGCGAUCAGGAGGAGCACGUUCAUGGAGGUUCCCUACUUGUCGGACCCACACAGGAACCUGAUGGUGGAUCUCACAUCAACAGUUGAGACACGCCUUGAUUCCCAGCUCUUACCCUGCACCCUCCCGGAAAACGUCCGCUACUUCGAGAACCAGAAUGGAACCUCCCAUGCCACCCUUUACCUCAGAUCCGGCAUUAGCUCUUCCCCGAUUGACUUCCUAUCGGGAAUAUGGAUCCACAGUGAGCUACCAACUGGAGGAGAACUGAACAUAACAAGUCUCGCAAUGUAUCUCAACUCUUCCACAGACGCCCCAAAUUUCACAAUGGACCUUAUCUUGAGCAGUCCCACAUCGCUAAUUCUCUACCUCAAUUUGCUGCCAAGAAAGGACCUUGUCCUCCAUCCAGACUACCUUAACACAUUCUACCAAGACACCGAGUUGGAAACUCAAAGGCAGUUGCUCGACAAAAUCCCCGAGGUUAGGCCCUACUUCUCUCCGUCCCUCUACGUCCGAUCCCUUCUUUCUCCGACAGCAAUCAUGGUCAGAAUCGAAGCUGAGGCGGCCGAGCGAAUGGAGGAGAUCAUAAGAGAACAUGUUCAUCCCGUUGCAAAGGAAGCGCUUAGGAUUUGGAUGGAUCAAUGUGCUUGUGUGAAGAGAGAGGUGUCGCAGACCGAGAGAGAUUAUCUUCGAAAGAGGGAUGAGGUUGUGAAGACGAACACCAUUGAGGCGGAUUUGGCUUCGAGCUUGCUUAGGUUGUUUGGACCUGAAACUGCCGACCGAGUACAAGCCGCCAUUCGUGCAGUGUAUUUCUCUACUUGA